AAGGCCUCACUUUUUGGGGGUUCCUGGGCUUGAGGAGUCGCGCUUCGGAGGAUGGCGAUGUCGAUGGGGAUGAUGAACUCGAUGGUUGCGUCUUCGUCUUCGAUAGGGAGUUGGGCGAGGAGGGGUGGGGUGGCGAAGGGAAGGAGGAAGGCGGGAAGGAGCAGAGGCGACGUGAGGUGCGCCGCCGCCGCAAGCUUGGCGGAUCAGUAUCGGAUGCUUAGGGUUCAGCCAGGGGCGCCAGAGAAGGAGGUCAAGAAGGCUUUUAGGAAGCUCGCUUUGCAGUAUCAUCCAGAUGUUUGCAAAGGUAGCAAUUGCGGCGUCCAGUUCCAUCGCAUCAAUGAAGCCUAUGAUAUUGUAAUGAGCAGCUUGAGACAAGCUGAUCAGAAGCAGAAGCAAGAGCAAUGGCAGCGGCCAGAAUGGAGUAGUGAUGGUUUCUCCGACGAGGGAAUGUCCGACUCAGGCUGGGACUUGUGGGAGGAGUGGAUGGGGUGGGAAGGGGCUGGCAUCAGAGAUUACUCCUCCCACAUCAACCCUUACAUCUGAUCAGCCACAAAGCCAAUUUUUGCUUCAAGAUGACUACUUGAGAACAAUGUAUGUAAGAUAGUGUCAAGUAUCAGAAAUUGGAUGGGUGUAUAUGAUUUCUGGGCUGUGGCAACCUUCCUUUUUUUGUGGGAACGGUGGUCAUUGUUCCCAGCAACUUCUGGCAAUGAAAUGUUUGGUCAUUUCCCAGCAA